UUCAUGGUGUUUACUAGAUGCUUGUACAAUCGCCCCAUGAAUACAAAUAUUCGGUCGGUGUAUGCGUUUUGCUCUCGAAUUCGCGGGCAAAUCGUCGUCGUUAUAUUAUUAUAUAACUGAAAAAACGAGAUAAUGGCGCGAUAUAAUAAUACGCGUACAAAUAUUAUAUGAAUGCAAAUCGACAACGCGUACAAAACAGUAAAGUAUAAUAGCUAAUUAUACAGACGUUUUAGAGAUCGUAUGCUUGCUCGUUGCGGUCCACUGCACAAUAUGGGACCGAGUACUUCCUUAUCAUUAGUCGCAAUGUUUCAUUUGGUACGUUCGAAGGACUUUUACGAAAUGGAAACAGAGUAUAAUAAAAACAUGCUUCCAGACAAAAACGUAGACGUAUCUCUAUCAUUGCACAUCAAUCGAAUAUCUGGCGUGGACGAAAGCAAAGAGGAAAUAGCGUUGGACGUGUUUUUACACGUGUAUUGGGAAGACCCCCGGAUUUGGAUUUUGGGAAAUGCGAGUCAAGUAGAGCUAACCUGGGAUAAGGACCCGAAAUUUUGGAUCCCUGACCUGUACAUUAGGCAAUUGAGAGAGAUGAAGGUGCUAACGCUAUUUCAGGACUUAGCGUCGAUACGGUUGUACGACAAUAGCACACUCCGGAUUAGCAUUGGAGCGACCAUAAUAAUCAAAUGUGACAUGGACUUCGUACUCUAUCCGUUGGAUGUACAAACUUGCGCUGUAGACUUCGGCAGCUACAAAUACACGAUGACAGACAUGAAAUUUCAUUGGAGAGACGAUCCAUUGAUAUUCCCUAGCGACUUUGGCGAUGGAUUUCGAUUGCCUCGUUACGUUGUAUCGUUUGUCACUGAUAAUCGUUUAAAUGUGAUUUAUUACGGCGAUGGUAAUCAUUCCACGGCCCGGCUUGUGAUUACGCUCAGUCGCGAACUCAGAAGUCACCUACUAGAAAGCUACUUGCCAAGCACUUUAUUCGUUGUCAUGUCUUGGGGCAGCUUUGUGGUAAUGCCUGAAGUUGUGCCUGGUAGAAUGGUGCUACUGGUCACUACACUUCUGUCACUAGUCACCAUGUUCGAUACCAUAAGCAUACAUGGUGCUUUUGUCUACAAAUGGAGCAAUAUAAAAAAGAACAAUUCGCCGAGUGCGCUGGAACUGAAAUGCAUCGAAGUGUGGCUGAUAUCAUGCACGCUGUUCGUAUUCUUGGCAUUGGUCGAGUACUUUAUUGUGCUAUUCGGCAUGCGAUAUGAUAAACAUUGGAGACAUAAAAAACACAAUCUAGACGGUAAUGGAGGUGCUCCAAACAGACCGUCAUUGUUUGGGUCCAACAAAGUUCACGUAACAUCUGGAAACGAUGUGGCUACAGAGGAAGAUUCGGUAAGCGUGAUUGCAAAAGCUCAACAUCCCACAUCACAGCAACAAAUAUUGACGACGAACAAUGGACCAGCGCAGGUGGUUACAUCCACUGGAAAACUACGAUUCCGGUUGGUUGCCAAACAUGUCAUAUUGUAUUGUGGAUCGCCAAGAGGCAUCUUGGACCAAGUGUCAUUAGCACUGUUCCCGUUGUGCUUUAUCCUUUUCUCUGUCAUGUACUGGAUAUCGUACAUAACUGAGUCUAGACGGAAAUCGAUGGCAGCCGUUAUUUAACGUCUCAAAAAAUAAUAUCAUCUGCCAGUCAAAUGUGAACACCAACACCAUACUACCAACUGAUGUUAUUGUAUUUUUAAACAUAAUUUUUCUUUUUUACUAAUUUAUAGAGUUAGCAUAACAUCUAGGUAUUUUAACUUUUUUAAGUACAUUGUAUACAUUGUUAAGUUAUCUAUACCCAUGUCAUUGAGUUAGUAUAAAAAUGUGCUUA